AGGAAGGGUCAUACUUGUGAGUUGCUCAGCUGAUUGUCUGCCUACUGUGACUGCUGUCUGAAUCUUCUCUUCUGAAUUAUUUUAUUUCAGUGGUGUUACUUCUAAUUCUUCCACAUUUUCUGAGUACCAUUGCAUAAGAUGGAUGUCUGGAAGGUUCCUAAGGAAAGACAACAGGGCUGGUACUUGAACCUGAUGGCACCAAAUAUUAAAGGGAAACAGUAUCCUUGGCUGGACCCUUCCAGGUUGUACUGCAACUCUCAGGCACUACAUGAGUGUGUGGAGGACCUUCUCCAACCAUUCCAAAAUGAUGAAAUUGAUCUUGUUGCUGGGAUUGAUGCCAUGGGAUUUAUUUUGGGUUCUGCUAUAGCCAAACAGUUGGAAAAGGGCUUUCUGGCAAUCCGAAAAGCAGGACAUUUGUGUGUGAAAACUGAUGCCAUGAAUUACUCAGACUACAGUGGGCGGGAAAAAGUACUGGAAGUCAGAACCGAUGCUAUUAAAGAAGGAAUUCGUGUUCUCCUAGUGGAUCAGUGGAUUGAGACUGGGGGAACAAUGGAAGCUGCAAUUAAGCUAGUAGUGCGACAAGGUGGGAUCGUAGCAGGUAUAGCAGCAAUUUGCAUUGAAGAAAGCGAAGGUGGAAAGCAUAUUCUUCAAAACUACAAGUGCUCACAAUGUGUCCCACCGCAUUUAAAGGCAGAGUUCAAUGAACACUCUUUGCAAUCAUUCCUGCUCUUUAGAAAUAAUCCUCUUCAUGAAGAACCUGGCUACCAAAAGAGAGUCUGUGGAGCGGAUUGUCAUGGGUGUCCAUCAUGCUAUGCAACGUUUACUAAUCUCAUGACAUAUCCAACUGAGCCCACUGAAAAUUCUUAAAACUUGUUUAUUUCUGUUUUUAUUUUGUUCAAGAUUUCUGCCUGUUAAUAGUUGUCAAGUUCGAGUUAUGUCUGCUUUUAACCUAUUUUCUACUUUCUGUUUUUGCUGUAGCAAGACAAGAUUUAGAGUACAAGUAGCUUACAAGUACCUUUACAUGUGAGGGCCUGUUGGGAAUAGAAAUGUGAAACCCAGCAGGGUAAUUCACACUUUGGUGUUACAUUUUGUACAAACAGUAACUUUAUAUUGAAUGUUUUCUAACAGCAAUCAGAAAACAAAAUUCAUCUAGUAUAUAGUUCAUACAUUCAUGGAUUUUCAGGUACUGCAAGAUGGGCAUCAGUCCCGCUGGACUGGGUUCUGGGUGAUAUGCCAUGAUGUAUGCAUAUACCACAUCAGUGAGUCUGGUGCUAUACUUUUCAGAGUGUAUCAUUAGCUUUACAGGCUGGGUUCAUAAGGUCACUAAACAAAAGCCUGCAUGAGUAAUGAACAUUACCUUUAUUCUUCCGAAGUAGUAUGCGAUCUGUCCCUCUGAUAAGAAAAUUUCAUUAAGGGGAGAUUCACAGGCAAUAGGGGACACUGUACUUUGCCCUUUCCUGAGGCUUUGCACACCAUUUAUAUUUAAUGCAAAAUGCAUGCCUUCUUUUCUCCAAUGUUAACUUUCACAAGAAAUCCUUAUAGGAAUCAAUUACUACUAGAUUGAUCUUAUUUAAAACCACAGUUUCUGUUUUGGUAACAUAUUAUAAGUAAUCAAAAACCUAAUCCAACUUUAAAAGAUUCGAAAAAGCAAUAUGUGCUCACAUGUACCAAGCAGCUAGCUUCAUUAAUAUAGAAUGUAGGUGCAGAUACAGUUACCAGCCAUUAUCUCCUUAGGUAUAGCCUUAUAACUAUUAGGAAUUUCCUACAGUAUAUAUAUAUAUAUAUAUAUAUAUAUAUAUAUAUAUAUAUAUAUAUAUAUAUAUAUAUAUAUAUACACACACACACACAUUGUCUACUUACUGUAUGUUUACAUAACUUUUACAUAAUCCUAUUUUUGUAUCAUUAUAUAAUUCUAACAUCUGUACAGUAAGGCGUAUUAAUAUUAUAAACUGUCUGGACCGACAUUUUGAUAUUCAGUUUUUCAUCUUGAUUGAUUUGUAUGUAUUGUAUUUGAAAGUUGUCCUAUUGGACCAAUGCUCUAAGCCGGUUAACACAGUUUAAAAAAUGAAUAAUUAAAUAAAAAUAAUAAAUAAAUGCAUUUUAAAAAGGAACACAUAAGUGUACAUUUUUUGCAUAAGUACGGACAUCAUGGGAGUAAGUGAUAUUCUUCAGAAUAGUUUGAAGAAGUACAUUGCAUAUUAAAUGGAGAUUAUGUUAGAAUGGUUAAUGGAAACGUUUAAAUGUUUCUCAUUUCAUUUUUAACAUGGAACUUAAGACUGAAAUAUGGUAAUGUCAUAUUAGGAAUGCUAUUAAAAUGGGACAAUAUUGA